GAAGCUGAUCUCUGCUCCUCGCGACACAACCGCACGCAGCUGCUUUCAUCUUCCAGAGCUGGAGACGCAACGACCGAGAGGGGAGCUCACGCUUCUUGCUCCAGGGAUAUUACCUUUGAUGGACUUGAUAUAAGACAAGAAUAUGCAGUUUAUGUCUUAUUAUGACCACUUAGGUGUUAGUUCCAAGUGCAGUUUUGUUGGAAAUAAAUUGCUCUGAUGCUUUUAAGUGUUUUCAGCUGCGCCGGUUUUAAUGUGUUUUAUGUGUUUGCGCUCAACAGUGAGGUAGACUUAUCUGGCCAAAUUUUACAGGAGGGUCGGUGUGUGAUUUAUCCCGCGGAUGCGGCUGUCGGGGUCGAUGUUUAAGCCCUGCAGGAUCAGCCUGUCAUAGGGCAUCAUGCUUUCCCCGGUUCUUCACAAGUGGAUGAGGAAUAUUUCUCCGGAGAUGCUGCUGCUGGUGCCGAUUUUGUGGUUUUUACCUCUGACAGGAGCGGCUCCUUCUCUGACUACCGAGCAGCUGGACAUGGGGGUGGACUGGCUGAGCAAGUUCGGCUACCUCCCACCCCCUGACCCGGUGACUGGCCAGCUUCAGACCAAGGAGGCCCUGACCAAGGCCAUCAAAGCCAUGCAGAAGUUCGGAGGGCUGAAGGAGACCGGAGUGUUAGACCAAGCCACGCUGGGCCUAAUGAAAACACCCAGAUGUUCUCUGCCAGAUGUGUCUGAGGCUGAGGUGACAGUGGGCCGCAGAAAACGAGGCCUGACUCCCCAGAACAAAUGGAAUAAGAGGCAUCUAUCCUGGAGAGUGAGAACCUUCCCUAAGGAUUCAGCCUUACUGGGCAGGGACACUGUUCGAGCCCUGAUGUACUAUGCCUUGAAGGUCUGGAGCGACAUUGCACCGCUUAACUUCCACGAGGUGGCGGGAAGUGAUGCAGACAUUCAGAUCGACUUCACUAAGGCCGACCACAAUGAUGGAUAUCCAUUUGAUGGGCCAGGGGGCACCGUGGCGCACGCAUUUUUCCCUGGUGAGAGGUUCACAGCUGGGGAUACGCACUUUGAUGAUGACGAGGCAUGGACCUUCAGGUCACCAGACUCUCAUGGGAUGGAUCUAUUUGCGGUUGCAGUCCAUGAGUUUGGUCACGCCAUCGGCCUGGGCCAUACCUCAGCCAUGGAGUCCAUCAUGAGACCAUACUACCAGGGUCCUGUAGGAGACCCUCUGAAAUACGACCUACCCUAUGAAGACAAGGUCCGCGUCUGGCAGCUCUACGGUGUCAGAGACUCAGUGUCCCACACCAUUCGACCAGGCAACCCCUCCCAGACAGCUGAACCUCCUGUCCUGCUGGACCUCCCUGAAAACAGAUCCACUGUCCUGCUGGCGCGAGAUGCCCCAGACAGAUGCACCAGCCACUUUGAUGCUGUGGCCCAAAUACGAGGGGAGGCCUUCUUUUUCAAAGGAAAGUAUUUUUGGCGACUAACAAGAGAGAAGCACUUGGUGUCUCUGCGCCCGGCUGAGAUCCAUCGUUUCUGGAGGGGCCUUCCGCCCAAUCUGGACAGUGUGGACGCUGUGUAUGAGAGGCCCGGGGACCACAAAAUAGUCUUUUUCAAAGGUCUAAAGUACUGGAUAUUUAAAGACAAUAACGUGGAAGAGGGUUACCCACGUCCAAUCAGUGACUUUGGCCUACCCUUGGAGGGUGUGGAUGCGGCCUUUGUUUGGAUGCACAACGACAAAACCUACUUCUUCAAGGACAGCCAUUACUGGCGCUACGAUGACCACCUGAGACGUAUGGACCUGGGCUACCCUAAAGACAGUACGCUUUGGAAGGGGCUGCCGACACAACUGGAUGAUGCCAUGAGGUGGUCUGAUGGCUCGUCCUAUUUCUUCAAGGGGAAGGAGUACUGGCGAGUGCCGGGCAGUGACAUGGAGGUGGAGGCAGGAUACCCCCGCCUCAUCGCUAAAGACUGGCUGCUGUGCACUGAGAUGCAGUCGGACUCUCCAGACACAGAGCCCAAAAGCACCGAGACGAGAGUCAACGUGCACCAUCACCCAGACCACGCAGAGAAUGGAUACGAGGUGUGCUCCUGCACCUCUGACACUGCCUCGCCUUUAGGCAACCGCCCCUCCCCAUCUCCCAUCUGGCUACUGCCGCCUCUCUGGACGCUCUCACUAGCCCUCCGCUCUGAACUGCUAUGAUGCCAAAGCAUGGGACAAAGUUCUCAAGCUGGGUGCAAGAAAGAGACUCACUGAUGGAGUGCCAGAGGACACUCAGUCUAAAUACAAACUGGAAAAUUUUGUUCAUAUAAAUAUCAAUUAGUAUGUUUUUGCUCUUAUUUUUGUGUUAUUUAUUUCACAUGCCAUUUAAUGGUCAUUUAAAGAGCCUUGCAGUAUGGGUAGUACAUACAGUUAUCAUAAUAUCAUACUAGGGUAUGCCUAGUAGGCAUCAAUCUACUGGCGGUGGCAAUUCUAGUACCGUGCUUUACAUAUUGAGUUACAUAAAAUCACAAGCUCUAUCUCUUAGUUUCUUCUUGAAUGGCUAAACUGUCAUCUCUGCAAAGAAGGCUAAUUAAUGAGUGGACUGAUCAGAAAUAUGUUACACAUUAAAUACAGCAGUACUCUAACAGCGCUUAUAUUCAUUACUUUUUUCAUAUACAGCAAGUUUAGAGCAAUAAUGAAGGGCAGGUAGACAGGUGAAUGGCAUCCUGGGAUGUAGAUUUUCAACAGUUAGGUAGACAGGUGAAUAGGUAGAUGGGUACAUUUUUACCAUAAAGGAAUAGUUCAACAUUUUGAGAAUUUAAGCAUACAUAUAAGCAUACCACUCAUAUAAGGGAGAGUGGUAUAAAUCUUCUCAUCUAACUAUUGGCAAGAAAGCAAAAAUGUGAAUUUCCCAAAAUGUCAAACCAUUGCUUUAAAUAAGCAAACGUCUGCCAGGCUGCUUACCACCUUCCAGCAUCCUCCACCAAUCAAACAGUUAGGUUCAGGUUGGUUACAGUUAAGGUUAUGGUGAUUGACAUGGUUGGCGUUUUGGUUCACCAAUCCUAGAGAAAGAGACAUGUUUUUUACUCAACAGAAAAGUUUCCUGACAGACUCAACCAGGACAAAGAAUAACACAUUGGGAUAUAGAUGCCACAGUUAGACAGGUGAAUGUUACCUUGGGAUAUACUGUAGAUAGUUAGGUUUACAGAUGAAUGGCCCCCUGGAAUGUUGAAAGGAAGACACAUGAAUGGCAUGCUAGGAUGCCGACAGGUAGAUGAAUGGCAUCCAGGUCUGUAGACAGGUGAAUACCAUCCAGUACAGCUACAUAAAGAAAAGGGUGCCCCGGCAUGAAGGAAGCAAGAUGAGUGACCUCAUUUGCCAUUCAGAAAGUUCAAAUCCAAGAACUGCUUAGAACUGCUGCUCAUGUAUCUCCAUGAAUUCAUCACUUCCACCCCUGGUGCAGAAGCAUCCCCUGUCCUUAUCAGAGGCAAUAUUGGUUUUGUUGUAUAUUUUUGUAAUGAAUAUGGAUAGGUUGUGACUCCAUAUUGCUUUGAUCAGAUUAGAGUUCACUGAGCCUUUUUCCUCACCGCUGGACAGUUUCCUUCAUCAAUCCAAGCUCCUUCUGAUGAUGUCCGUAGUCGACCUCACAAGAUAGCAACUGGAUUUAUUCUUGCUCAUAUAUUUACCUUUAAAUAUAGACACAGAUAUAUUUGAGUUGAAAUGUUGCAAGUGGAGUGUAUAUUUG